ACAGUGUAAAUGCGAAAAACAAAUCCAAGCAUCAAAACGACGACGUUAGUCCAUCUUCGUUAACCUCUGGUGGUUCCAAUUUUCAAUAGGCGAUUGUGCAGUAGAACCCUAAAUCCCCCCUCAAUAAUGGCGUCGACGCUCAAGUACGUACGUGUGCCGCCGAAUUCGGCGAACCUGGAGGAGGCUCGGCGGAGGGUUUUCGAGUUCUUCAAGACUGCUUGCAGAUCUAUCCCCCAAAUCAUGGAAAUCUACAACCUCGACGACGUCGUUACCCCCUCGCAGCUGCGCUCCACUGUCGCCUCCGAGAUCCGUAAGAAUGCCCACAUCAGUAACCCUAAGGUGAUUGAUCUGCUGCUGUUCAAGGGUACAGAGGAAUUGAGCAACAUUGUGGAGCAUGCGAAACAGCGGCACCACAUCCUCGGCCAGUAUGUCGUAGGUCAUCAUGAUGAUGAUUCCUCCAAAAAUUCGGGAACCAAAGAACAGAACGAAUCUGAAUUCCUGAAGAAUUUCUACAAGGGCAAUUACUUCUGACUCUCGUGACGAUACACUACUGGUGUGACUCUACAAUAAACAUGAACUUUGCUUGUGCUACUGUACUCAUCAUCCUCUGCUGUUGAAACGGUGAAUCUUUCGCCUAUUUAACUAAGUCUUCGUCUUGAUGGAAAACAUGAGAUCUAUUUCUUUUGCUUCGGAUCAUAAAGUCAGCAACCAUUGCAAUUCUGAAAUGUUUCGAGCGUUGUAUAAACUCAACUGCAGAUGGUAUGAACUUGGAGACUUGCCAUUGGAACAUUUGUUGUUAAUACAUCUUUCGAAAGAAAGCAAGUGUCGAAUUAUAGCUUGUCCAUGUUUUCCUUGUUGGCGCAUUCGAGCAUCUGUAUUCAAUUUACUUCCGAGCUUGAUUUCAUCAAGAACGAUGAGCUCAAGCCCGGAUUUAGAAAAAAAAAAAAAAAAAAAAGAAAAAGAAA